CACCGUCCCAUGCGUGUAUACCUUGACCACAUUCGGCACUCCGCCUUCUCGCUCUCAUCUCCCUUCGCAACACCGAGCAAGGCAAUACGCAUCGCAGCAGAAAGCCAGGUGGAAACGACAAGGAAAAGCAACGGAGAAGCGCCCACGUUGGUCAUGUCGACGACGACUUUGGCAGUAGUGGAUGCCGAUGCGGCACAUCGCCUUUCCUCCACCACGCCCAAUCCGCAAGACGAUGUCGAGGGCAAGGGCAAGGGCAAGGAAAAGGUGCCCAUCCAUCUGAUCCUACCAGGUCCCUCAUUUCUUCUUCCCGAUGCUGAACGCUCCACAGCUUCCCCCUCUCCCGCCACUUCACACAACGGGCCAGCUCAUGUGCAUUCAGGCAUCUUGACGCUUCUCACCGCUUGCAGCGUCACGCUACUCCACGCAAGCAGCGGCAAAAUGAUCGUUCGACUGCCAUGUCUUCCUCGAGCCCAUGCCGCAGCAGCACCAUCCCCAUGCUCGCAUCAAAGCGAGCCAAAGCAGGAGCAGAUGGUCAUGCCUCGAUUCGCAGCUUGGAGUCCUUCCACACUGAUCGGAGCGGAUCACACUUCGAAAGAGAGUCUCGGGCAAGGCGCAACAGCUCUUUACCAGUCCAGAUUGGCAUUGGUGGGCGACGACAAGAUCUUGAGGGUGUAUGCGCUUAUUUUCAACCUCGGUCUCGGUGCGCAGGUGGAUGUGCAGCUCUGCGAGGGGGAAAAUCAUCUGGCGUAUGGUAGAGAAGUGUUGACGAAGCGUUUGCCUAAAAGGGCGGCUGCCGUGGUCUGGGAGAAUGAGAGGGUGCUGGUCGUCGCUGAUAAGCAUGGGGAUGUGAGGAGCUUUGAAAUUCUGCCGCCUUCCGAAGCCGCACGACACUCCUCGUCCAAUGCUAUCCCUGUGCCCGUCUCGGCUGCCCAGUCAGGCCGCAAAGCGGAAGAGGAGGAGGAGGAGGAGGAGGAAGAGCAAGAUGCCAGCAUGAGGCCCAGACUGGGUCACGUGAGCAUGUUGACCUCCAUGCUUCUGGCUCCUCCUUCAGCUCGUCGCGCACUCGGCUCAGGGCUGGUAUCGAGCGGCGCUUCGGCUCCUCCUAGCGCGCCAUACAUCAUCACGGCCGAUAGAGACGAGCAUAUCAGGAUAUCCAGAUGGGGCAAAAAUAGAGCUGCGCAUGUGAUCGAGAGGUACUUGCUCGGGAGCAAAGGGGCGAUCGGAGCGAUGAGCUUCUUGCCAUCGCUGAAUGCGUCUUCUGUACCAAGACGGGGAGAAGGAGGACCUACGGAGGAGCAGGCGGAGGAGGGAGAAGACGACGACGACGACGGAGACUUGGUGCAGAGGUACGGUGCGGCCCCUCUUCUCACGAGCGAAGGAGGACGUUUCAUCUCGCUCUGGCGCUGGAACGAAGAUCCCUCUAGCUCUUUGGACGCUCAGAGAACCCCGCAUAGAACGAUGGCCGAUUUGGGCUCUCGUUUGGAGAGGUAUAUUGCGAUAGACAAGGAGCAGGAGAGAGCGAGGGAGAGCGGAGGCUCACAGCGCGCUACAUCGAUGGGUAGGAAGGCGAAGAAGAGGCAGAGCAAGGCGAUGGGGGAGGUGGAGCUUGAAGGGAGAAAUGGGCAGACCGGCGCGAUCGGAUCGGUACGAGGGGAUGAUAAAGCUUUCGCUACGCAUCCCAUCAUCACUUUUCUCUUGCCAUUCUGGACGAGAGGAUCGUCUGCGACUGGACCGCUUAGCUUGGAGAGGCACGGCGAGGUAAAGGCUUGGAACAGCAAGUCGAACGGCAAGCGCAAAUUGUGGGCCUUGAUACUUCUGGAUGGAUCGACGGCUCUUCACACCGUGCCACUUGGAGAUUUGCUGCGCUCGGAGCAGCAAGGCAAAGUCGUCGACCUUUCCGAACAGGUCAAGACGAUCGAUCUGGGUCGAGUGGUCUUGAGCGCAUCUCCCAUCAACCUCUUCUUAUCCCCUUCGCCUCGGACGCGUGCAACGUCUGUGGCUGAUAAAGAGGAGGCACCCGCCAUCUGGGUCUCCUUGGAUGAUAGGACAGACGCGAUCCAAAAACCUGAAAUCCUCCAGCGCAUUCGAAAGGAGGAGCACGCGGAUGAGCAGAGCGGCGUGUUGAGAUUGCUCACGUGGAAAAGCGACGCUGAACAGUGGGCUGAUCGGUCAAGCAAGGAGAAAGAGGACUUUGAAGGCAAGCAAUUCUUGCAAAGCGUCAAUGCAGCCGAUUCGAGCGUGCGGGAGCAUGCCGACGCCGAGACGCUCUCUUUGCUCUCUUAUCACCAAGCUCUUGUUACCUACGGCAAAUUUGCGGGUGAAGCUACAUCCUCCUCCUCUUCUUUGAGCCUGGACGGCAGCACUGCUGCUUUUGCUGCAGCCUCGUCGGCCGAUACAGGGACGGAUCAUGUCAAGCGAGGGUAUGGACACAGAGACGAUGAUGGGAGGAUGAGCAAGAGGGCUAGAGGAAGAGAAGAAAAUCGCAAGAGGAUAGAGAGAGCUCAUGCGGAUGUGAAUGCAGCAGCAGCAGCUGCUGCUGCGCAAGCCAAUCAGUCUCGCGGUCACAGUGCAGCAGCGGGGAGAUAGCCACCGCUUGCAAAAUUCGUCAAUUGCAUGGGAGUGUGCC